AUGGAAAUAGAGAGCAAAAUAAGCAGAGAUCCAUUCUGGGUCUUAAGAGCAAUUGGUUACCCUCCUUCACCAUCGUCAGAUGGACAAGAAAACGCUAGGAGCACAAUUGUGGAGCUCACACUGAUUAUGAUUUUAUUCAAUGGGUUAUAUGAGUCCACACUCCAUAGAGUCAUCAACGACUCUGGCAAAUACCGUGUUUGUGUGGCUUAUUUUUAUGAGCCCAACUUUGACGCGGAAGUAGAACCCUUGGAUGUGUGUGUGCAGAACGUGGGUGGGAUCAAGAAAUUUGAAGGUGCGGUCUAUGGAAAACAUUUGGUCAAUAAAGUGACCAACAACUUUGUGAUGGAGUAG